CACCACUUUUAUUUCCACUGCUGUAACAUGAGCUCCAGCAGUUCUCCGUCAAGCAUCACUAAUACGCUAAAUGACAGCAGACCACUAGCUAAUUUCGAACCAUACCGCCGGAAAAAUUCUAGACUACCGCUAGUCAAUUUUGACUUAAGACGAUAUAAGUCAACAUACUAUCGGCGUCUAAAAAAGUACAAUCUGGAUUGGAAGAAGCGUGUAGAAGAAUCAUAUGCGAAGAUUCUUGCAAGUGAACCACAGCCUGAAACUAUGCCAGGAAACAUGGUUACUCCCCAACAAAUUAUCGUUCCAGUUGAUGUUCCUUGUAAUAGCAUGGCAUCUCCGCCGCCAAGAAAACUUUUGGAGAAUGCUGCUCCGUUGAACUACCCUUCUCGGUUGUUGGCCCACCCAGAUUUUCAGUUGGAGACACCUUCUUUCCGAAAGCCACCCAUUGCGGACCAAAAUGAAAGCUUGUCGUCUGUCCCUUCCACAUCAAAUGCCCACAUUCCCUUUCCCGUGGAUAUGUGCCCAAGCACUGACGAGACAGGUACCUGUACAUCUGGUUGUUGGAAAGAGAUAAGGGCUUUACGUUCAAGCAUAAACUCCUUCCAGGCACGAACGGAGUCACGUCUCUCUGAGCUUGAGGCUAAACUCUCGCUAGUCAACGUUGUCGACAGCAUUGACAGUAAUAUCUCGUGUGCCAAUUCCGUUCAAAUUUUAAAAAGUUCUGGGAGAUGGCAGUUAGAUAGCGACGCCGUCAUGUCAUCGUUUGAGGCCAAACUGUCCCAAGACGAAUAUCGUCAUGAUGUGUCGGCGGAUCUUUCUAGUUUGGUUGACGGGGACGUGCAAACCUCCGUUGGUCGCAUAAUGAAUGUCUUGCUGGAGCCGAACUACAGCUCACAUUUUUCAUGGGCUGGGACCAAGGGAAAAAAGAAAUUCAAGGACACGAAGACGUGUAACCUUGUGAUACGAACUAUUAGCAGUUUACAUAAACUAGGUAAUGCUGACCAACGUACCACAGUGAAGGCUAUUACGGCUUCAAUUCAACGUUGGUUCCAUAACAGUCGGGAUAGACUGAAGUCGAGGAUUAGAAGGCGACGGCGUUCCCCAUUGGUAGGUCUUGAUUUUUUCCAAAUUUCAUUUUUCAGAUCACCGUCGACGUUAACAAAGAAAACCGACCAGACGCCGAAAGCACACGGAUGACUUUUCUUGGUGAUUUAUAGGAUGUUCUACUCUAGAAAGUUAUCUAAAGAUUGUAAAUUCUUUUGC